UGUUAACGUUCACCAAUUACCGUGACCAUGUGUGAUGUUGAACAUCGGCCAUAUCAUAACGACUUUGACGGCCGCAUUCUUUGUCGUUGCAAGCUAUGUGAUCUUCUUCAACACGUUUCUACCGCUCUCUGGUAUUCAUGCCCUUGACGUCCUCGCACAAGACACCCAUUACAAGUACCUUGCCUUAUUCAUCAUUCCCAUGGGCGCAUACUUUGUGAUUGCAAACUGGGUAGGCUGGCAGUACUAUCAGAAUUCUUGAUUGUGAGUGCUGCUGCUAUUUGCCUCCACCUUCCCUGAACUCGGUUUCGAUGUGACCGCCAGCAUAUUCAGAGAUAAGGCAGAAU